AGAGGGGUGGGCGGAGCCAGAGCCGGAAGCUGGAGUGGCGCGGGCGUGCGGAGCGGAGCGCUGGCGGGCGGCGACUCCGGCUGCUGUCCUCUCCUCUUUACCUCCGUGCCGGAGGACCCGGGGUGGGGCAAGCCGAGGCCACCGAGCCAGUCGGCAUGCAGCUCGCACGCUAGCCCCGCGGGUAGGGACGACGCAGGCCUCCUGCGAGCGCCCGUCCAGCGUUCGGCCCCGUGAGCCCCGCCCCUCAUCACUAUGUACGACCGUGCUCCCCGCACUCUCGACUUGGCCAACCGCGGCGGCACCGAGGAGCACGUGGGUCCUGGGUCCUACCAGGUACCUUUUCCCAAGCCGCGGGCCCCAGAUUGCCAUGCACCAUUUCUUUCCUUGAGUUCCAAAACAAGUGCUUUUGUUACCUCUUCUGACUCUGCAGAAGCUGUUCCAGGUCCAGCACACUACAACGUAUCAGAAGCACAGUAUAAAAUAAAAGGAGGCCACAGUCUGCAAAACCGAGAGAAGCGAUUUAAGAAACUUAUUUCGGAUGGUCCGGGACCUGCAAGCUACGACUGCCCUUAUCUUGGGACAUUAUGUAUCACAGUCAGACAGAAACCUUGUAGAACACCUGCAGUUUCCAGAAACAUCUAUAUUCCUUCAAUUCCUUCUUCUGGAAAGUCGCAUGGGUAUCAUCUCAAUGAGGAUGACACUAUUAUGAGACGCACCCCACCUCCUAGUGACAACACCAUAGGUCCAGCGUACUACAACCCUCAGUUUGAUUAUUCUAAAGCAGCUUUGAAAUAUAGAGGUAUAAAUUUUGGCAAUACUACAGGAAGACAAGAAUUGCUCAAAUAUUCAGGUCCUGGUCCUGGACAGUACGAUAUCAUCCAGAAAAAUAAACUACAUUAUGAAAAUAUUAACAUCAAGAGAGAUGAAGAGUAUUGUUGUUCUUAUGUCCCACGACUGUAUGAAGCCCUAGUAUUGCAGGAAGAGAAAAGGGGUGUACCAGGACCUGGAAAGUACAACAUUAAAAGUGAAUUUGACACGAUAAAAUCCAUGUCAACACUUACGCAUCAUUCAUCUUUUAUUUUCUAUUCUGAAACAGAGAGAUUCGAACCUAUCAAAUCAUGUGCCCCGGCUCCUGGCACAUACAAUGAAAUACGAACUGCUUUCAAGUACCAAAAGAAAAGAUCAGGAGUGUCUUCGCCAUUUGGUCAAAAUGCUGCCCGAUUCACAAAGGAUUCCAAGGCCCAGGACCUACCAGGUCCUGGCUUUUAUGAUAUCUCAAAAAACAUUGUAAAACCCCAGGUUAAAAAGCCCAGCUUGAAGAAAAAACCGAAAACUGGAUUUGGUUCUUCUGUGCCUCGAACUAUGUUCCCAGAUCAGAAAAAAGCUUUCAGUGGUCCCGGGCCUACUGCUUAUCAGGUGGUUGGAAGAAUGCAAGAUGAAUUACCUAACUUGACGAACCAAUAUGCUGCUUUCCUGUCGAAAACAGAAAGAAUGCAAACAGUACGAAAAAUGCGUCUUCCAGGUCCUGGCUGCUAUGAUGUUCAGAAAUCGUAUGACAUGUCCCAAGUUAAACAUAAUUACAUGCCACCUCGUAGUUCCGUGGCUAAAAGUAGGCAUUCCUCUUUCCUGAGUGCAGCUCCGCGCUGCGUGCGAAAAAUCGCUGACGGGCCAGGGCCUGCAACAUACAGUCCUAUUUUAAUGAAGUCUGGUGCCAUAGUCACAUUCGUUAAAGGACCAAAGCGUUUUGAAGAGUUUCAUGGCAAGCUUUCUCCUGGCCCUACGACAUAUGAGCUCAGUCCAUUUUUAAGACAUUCUCUUCUGAAGAGAACAUACAAUGUCACUCUACCGUGUUCAUCCUCUCCUAAUAGAGAACAUACCGGAUGUCCAUCACAAAAAAACACACAAAAAUUUCAAAAAGAGAAAUGACAGUAUUUCUAAUGGAUACAGCCCAAAGGUAACAUCGCAUAAGCCAAGGCAAAGUGGCAGUGUUCUGUCAGAGAUGAACUUCGGUCGUGGUGACAUCCUUCAGCAACUGCUCUAAGAACACAGUGUCCACUCUGACCUCUACAGACAGGAAAGGCUGUGGCUGUAGCACAUUUAAAUCUAUUUUUCUAUCAAAUUUCUCUUUUACAGAAGAUAUAUAUACAUAUAUAAAUAAAUCUAUAUAUUCAUAUU